ACUGUUCCUGUUUGUAUUGAUUCUCGCGGCGACCAAUUUGAAGAGUAAGUUCGCAAUGGGGUCCCUUUUCUGCGAACAGAGGUUGGAAGAAAAUAUGAAGCUCCUGACUCACCAUUGGAUUUUUAUGAUUACAUUUUGUGUCCUGAACUUGAUGUUUUCCGUUUUGACAUGUCUUGCAAAUCUCAUCGUUAUCAGCGCUCUGAGAAAGGCAUCAUCAGUACCUUCGAAUCUGAAGAUAUUGUUCCUGAGUCUUGCUGUGGCUGAUUUCGCUGUUGGAAUGUGCCCUCAGCUGAUGUUUGGAGUUAUUGUUGCAGUGAUGUUGCACAAAAACGCAAAUGGAGACCAGCCCUUUGACUUGUGUUCAACCAGCUUUAUUUUGCUCUAUUUCUUCUUAUUUCUGUUGGCGUCCGCCUCGUUCUUGACCAUUCUAGCCAUCGCUGUGGAUAGAUAUCUAGCAGUUUCUCUUCAUCUCCGAUAUCAGGAACUCGUCACUACUAACCGAAUUGUGUUAGCGUUGAUAUCUUUAUGGGUAACAAGCGUUGUCACCGCUGCACUAUUCGUGUCUCUUCCAAACAACAAUCAUUUGGUGGUUGUGAUUGUCGAAGCCGUUGGAUUUCCUGUGACAACCAUAGCAUACAUCCGAAUCUACAUGGCCGUAAGAUAUCAUCAGAACAGAAUAAAUAGCCAAAUGAGAGAGGGUGGUCAUCGCUUGAAAGUAUUUAUCCGUGAGCAGAGGGCAGCUAUCAAUUCUUUGUUUUUCUAUGUUAUUUUCCUGGCUUGUUACACCCCACAUUUAUGCGGCACGAUUUUGUUAUUAACUGACAGUACUUCAAUAUCCUAUUUAGUAGCCAAUCAUGCAACUUUGCUCUUGGUUAUUCUAAAUUCUGCGUUAAACCCGCUGGUUUACUGCUGGCGAUAUAGACAAAUUCGCGUUUACGCGAUAAACACGAUAAGGAAACUCUUAAUCUCGCGUGACUCUGAAUAAUUUCUAUCCAUGCAAGAAUUGAAACGUAUAGCAUAUUUUAAUAAUCACAAAGGAGGGUCAAAAUUCUCUUUCGGUGCCCUCGGCUUGUUUUGUAAAAUAUCGCUCAUUCAAGAAGUAGCACAUUUGAAGAAAAGAUUAAGCAUUAG